AUGUCAAGAUUGCGAUCGAUUGAUCCUUUCGCAGCAGCCGCGAGCGACAACAAUGGACAUACCCUUGGUAUAAUAGGAAAGUGCGUGCCGGUCAGUGUUUCUCGGGUUCUUCUACCAUUUCAAACGAAGAUUUUAGGCUGUUCCGUCAGGUUUUCAAUAACUAUCUAAAGUUUUUAAGCUUGUUUCUCAAUAGUAAGAUUAGAGGAUAAUAAAUUCUCUCAUAUAUUCACAGUUUUUCCGAAAAAAACUCUUUUCUUGGUACCUUUGAAAACAACUUUCAAAAAAGAGUAUAAAUAUUUGCAGAUGACUGAGUUUACUUAUCACUUGAGAGCAUUGAAAAGCAAACAGAAACAGAGAGAAAACAAAAACUUUAAAUUUCAAAUCUACCAAUAAAUUAGUUGGAAUUGCUCGAAUUGCAAAUGGGAACGCAUGGGAAAAAGGAAUCGUAACGCCAAACCAAAAAAAAAGACAGCCGCGGGAAAAGGAAAAUGAGUCAUCCGGAAAAGAGGCCUCACGACGCGCCCAAAUCGAUUGAGUCAACCAAAAGAAAAUUUCCUUGAUGCUUUUUGAAAAGUUUAACAUCUCGAACCGACAAAAAAUAUAAAUCAACAACUCCUAGCAAUCGACUUGAAAGAGUAUAUGAUGGUGGAUUCAAAAAAAAAACUUCCAAAAAUUGAAAAAAAUUGAUAAAAAAGAGAGCACCUAAAAAAUUUUCCUGCAUAUUCGAAGAAAAGGAAAAAACACUCACAAAUAUAACCUGCAAAAGCAAGAAUAAAGAGAGAAAUGCUUCAAAAGACUUUUCAGAGUUAAAUUCAUCGGAUUUGUGAGCCUAUUUACAACUCGCAAAAAUCUCAUUUACCUCCAGCGAUCAUUCUUAUGCAUAUAUAGCAAUGAAAAAAACGAACUUGAAAAGAAAUUUAAAAAGAGAUAAAAAGACAGGUGAAAAAAACCCGCUUUUCCACUAUUAAAGGCGCAUAGCUCUUUUCAAGUGCGAAACACCGUGGCGUGGCUCUCUGGAUUUAUUUGAACGUUCGAAUUUAUUUCAAAAUUCGCUUUUUCUUUCAAAACUCGGAUUUUGCAUUAUCGUGUCGUUUAUUACGCUGAUAUUUCUUUGAAAUUACUUGUUAUAGUCGAUUUCAGCUGCUAAAAAAUGCUCACAGCGAAAAAAAUUCAUAUUUCAAAAAUUUGCAUCAUCGUCUUUUUUUUUGACAACCUUCGAAUAAAUGCUCUCAGGUUUAAUCAUGAAGUCUUACGCGGUAGCUCGAUCUCUUACACGAUUGGUGAUGAACUCCUCAAAGUUGGCAGCUCGUGAUGUUACUGCAAACCGUUUCAUCACUACCACAACUAAAGGUUUUCAUUUAACUUUCAUCUUUGUCUUUUCUAAUAAUGUUUUUUCAGUUCUGUCAGUUACCCCUGAACUCACCCAGGCUUUGGGCAGAGAAAUUGAAGCCGAGCAGAAGCUCAGCCAAGAAAAUUUGAAGAGCUCUGCAACUUCUUCUUUUCCCGGCUUCAACCUUACUGUCAAAGAAGCUGAAGUCCGCCUUACGAAGCAGCAAGGAAAUGAGAAGUUUGUUUUUUAUAGUGUAAAACAUUUUCCUUAGUUUGUUUUGUAUAUGUUCCCUUUGAUCAGAUAGUUCAGAGCUUCGUUUUCAGUAGAGAUUCCUCCUUUUUGUUAAUAAUUCAUAUAUUUUAGUAUCCUUGUCGUUUUCAAUGUCAACCACUCUGUUGAUAUGGAUGAAGGCUAUGACGAUGAAGCUCAGCAGCAGGUUUGAUUUCAUUUCGUAUCACAUUCAUGAAUUUCUUCCAUUUUCAGGCUGCUCCAGUGCCAGUUGCUCUCCCGCCUUUCAGUGUAGAAAUCACCAAGGGAGACCAAAGGCUUUGCUUCCACUUGGAGCUCGUUCAAACCGAAGAACAGCCCGAAGAGUGUGAGUUCCAGGCGGAAAGAAGUUUUAAGCUAAUUUUUAUAAUUUCAGACGACUUCCGAGUUGAAGAGUUCUACGUUGCCCCGGCGGUCAAAGGUGGAAAUGAAGAUGUUCCAACGGAAGUUUAUGCCAGCAGCGGAAAAUACAUUGACCCUGUUAGUUUUUGGUAAACAUAAUUGAAAUGAAAGUUUAAUUUUUCAGGAUCUCCACGAUUUAUUGUUCGUCAGAUACCUUGAAGAGCGAGGAUUGGAUGCGCAGUUCUGCAAGACGCUCGUUUCCUACGCCACCCACUACGAACACUCGCAAUACGUCGGUCUUUUGGAGAAGAUCAAGAAAUUCAUUUCCCAAUAG